ACAGUAACCAACCAACGGCAGUAGCUCAGUUCUCGUUAGUCAUUCGUCCUGUCCGGGUCGGCCCGGAAAAAUAUCCGCAAGUUGGAUCGCGCGUUAAAAUUAGUUACCCACCAACCGGAGCAGCAUCCAUUAACUGUAUCGCCACCACCAUCACCACUACCACCACUAAGUUAAGCGUCGUUAUCAGCGUUGUAGGUGGUGGAGUCUUUGAGGGUGAUCUCCGUGGACCACAUUUGGUAUGAUGAAGCUGCAGUGGGUGGUGUUCGGGUGUAGCCUACAUGUGCUCCAGAGUAUGUAAUCCCAGCAGUAGCCGCCAGUGUCAGUCAGUGGUAUGUAGAUGAUGUACAUAGGCGACGCAGCAGCAGCAGCAGCGAGUGUACAAUGCCUGGAAAGGAAAAAAGAUGCGAACUGUGGUUGCUUUCGUAGAGGAUAUUCUGGUGGAAAUUGUGGCAGGCUGCAGCAGCUGGCGAGACGAAAAGGGAAAAUUGAUUUUCUUAUCAGUAGUGUGAAGGCGUCCAGAGCAGAAAGUAACCCAAAUCGAUCGAAUCGUGCGCGAAUGUUGGAAAAGUGAAUCCGUUCAAGAGAAGGGGCAACUCCCAACUGUGGAGAAGUGAUCGUGCAAAAUUCGCAACAAGUACAUUUCGGUCGGUAUAGGUUGGAGCGGAAAAUCGAUUCCGAUUAGUGAAGUUUGUUUCCCUUCGGGUGAGCCUUCGGGCUGUUUGCAGAUCAAACAAACGAGCCAAUUUCCGGCUGGGAGCAGUGAAAAUUGCCCACGGUUGACGUCAGCAGCCAUUUAAGGCCGAAAUAUGUGAAAAUAAUAUAAGAAGGUUGAUAGCAAUCAAUACAACAAUAGUUAAAAAUAAACAAAAUAGGUAUUUUACAUCAACUACUUGAGCGUUGAGCUGAGAGUUCGACACGCAGCUGGGUGCCACGGCAGGAAGAAAUCAAUGAAAUCCCGGCCAACAUACUGCUAAGAAUACCACCAUAUUACAGUGUUGUGACCAUUAAAGUAGCAUAGGUACAUAUACAAAAAAAAAUAAUAGAAAAAAAGAGCAGUGUCAAGUAGGCAGCGUUUUUUUCCUCGAUAUACUGAUCCACGAUAACAUAGUGGGGUGCAGCGAGGAAAUAACCCUAAAAUCGAUAGCGAAUACGUCAUGGUAUAUAACAAAAAGUUUACGGUAGUGGGCGGAAAUGGCGCUAACGUGUGAAGUGAAAGAGUGAAGCAGCCAGCGAAAUGAAUAUUUAUGAUCGUCAUAGUCGACGAAUUUUCCACCGUCGCGAUAAAAGCGCAAUGACGGCAUCAAGCGUAGAUGUUAAUAAAAACAGUUGGUGAAUUUGGUACGGUAGGCAAAAAUAAAACAGCACAGAUCUUUGGGUAUGGAUUGCUGCAGUAGCAAUUACAUGGAGUACAGGCAUUCCAUAAACAAUAAUUUCUGUUAUCCAUACUCGCCCGGUAUGAUUCGUGGUGCAUCGCCAUACUCGGUGGCUGUGGGAGGUUCAGCCGGCAGCAGUCGAUACGGAGGCGACUUUCGAGGGGGGUACUACGACAAUUUCGAGAAGUACUAUGGCUACCACAGUGGUCCAAAUCACGGCUACGGAAGCCACUAUUACGGCAACUACCCAUCCUUUCGAGAUUUUAGCUACAACGAUUACUACCACGGGGCUCCGUCGGUGUCUUCGCCAUCGCAUCAUCUAGCUGGACUAGGAGCCUAUCACGGGGCACAUAUUUACAAUCGUCAAUCGCUUCCUUUUCCCUUCCAUAGAGAUUCCCCAUACCAACAGCGGGAUCAUCAUCAGUAUGCGAAUUUUAGCAAUUACUCCGGUAACCCGUACAAAGGAGAUUCCGGCGGCAGCACAACUAGUCCACUGGCCAACAGCAACAACAAUUCCAACAGCACCAGCAACAAUGGUGAUAGCUCACUAUUUAGCGUACAGAACGGAUAUACGCAUAGUCCGGAUUAUUCCUACGGCUCCGGCAGUCCAAAUCAUCCUCAGCACCAUCCGCACCCACACCACAGCCCAGAAGAGGGUGGUGGUAUGGGGAGAGGCUACCCAUCAUCCGCUAUGCCGAAUGCAACAGCAGGGUUUCCCCAUAGCAUAAAAGAUGCAAGAAUGCGAAAGUUAAAAGAGCGCAAACUGGCAAACAAAUCUCCCUACUGCAACAGUCCCAACGGUGGCCAAAAUAGUAUCUGCAGCAGCCCGAUCCCCGGCAGUAGUGGGAGCACUGGUAGCAACAGUAACGGCAAUGUACGAUUAAAAUCGCUGGAUGCACUCCCGAAUGACAAAUACGAUCAGGAACGUAUUAUCAAUUCACCCUCCAUCAGUCGUCAUCCUUCACCCGGUCAAGGGGGCCGAAAUAGCUCCGGUGGUAGUCCACCGAAACGAUCGAAAAAACAAAGCGUACGACGAGUAGCGGACUACGAAAGAGAGGGGAAAACCGGCGACACCGGCAGUUCAUCUAACUGCAAUUCACUGAUAUCUCCACCUGUUGCAGAUAAGAACGUAACACCGCUGCCCGGCUUCCAGCAGGCCUUCGGUUCGACGGAAAUCGGCAAGUUCUCCGAAGCCUUCUUCAACAGCAGUCCGGGUCCGAAUGAUCUCCACCCGGACAGUCAGCAGCACCAGCAUCAGCACCACCAUCACCACCAGCAGCUGAUGAUGGACUCGCUGGCAGCUUGCGAAUCUGACGUCGAUACUCUCAGUCCGCAACCGUGGGAACAACCGACCGGCCCCGGUGAUCCGUUUGAAGGAUCAACCGGCUUCAAUCUACAGAUCGGUACCAGUUUCCAUCCGUCGUACUACGAAUCUCCCUCCUACUCGUCGGAUCAUGCGGUGGAUUCGCCUCUGGGAAACUAUUUCAGCGAAAUGACUUGCAAUGAGUUUGUGAAUUAGGUGAAUUAUAUAGAGUUCUGCUAAAAGAAACGAAAUACGAUGAAUAGUAAUCGACAGAUUAAUUUAAAAAAAAAAAUUGGACAAUGUCACCAAAGCCUCGAGUAUUCAUUGAAACGCGGUGAGUCUUGAUGUUAUGAUCAAUCACCAUCAUCAUUUAAUAAGAAACCAACGAAAUUUUCUUAAUUGCUAAAAACAUUUACAGAAGACGUAUGUCUUUUUUUACUCGUACAAAUCAAUCUCCUUUAUUUGUGUACAUCGUAAUUCGAAAAUGUUUUGUUAUUUAGCAAGCCGCCAAAACUGUUGUAUAGAGAAAAAGAAAGUGAUGCCGCCAUUGAUAUAUAAUUUCCCAAUAUCUAAAUGUGUGCUCGUCUUUAUGAAAAUACUCAUCGAUAUGCUAUUUUUGUGCUACAAGCAUUAUGUCGGAGUGAAAACAGUUCGCCAAAGUCAGUAGAAGAGUUUAGUUGAUUAAUGUUACUGUAUAAAAUACUUUUUAGCAUUUUAUCGACACCAAAUGUAGAUAAACCUAUUUUUAACGAAAACGUCACAAAAGUUGGAUCCUAAAAUGGACCAACAAAAAAGCAACACAAUGUUAUUGGGGAAGGUUUUCAACAUGUAAUGUAAUACAUACAUCAUGAUGUGCGAGAAUAGUUCAAUAAGCCAAUAUCAGCCAUAGUGCGAAAUCUGUAAAUAGCAAAGUCACAAUGGUCUACCGAAGGGUAUCGAAUUGUUCGAAUAAUUGUGCCACAUGGAAUAUUCUCUGUUCAAAAUUCAUGUUCGUGCUAACAACGGUAAUGAAGCUAAUUGUAUUGUGUAAAUAACCAUUAGAGUAUAACGGAUUGCCAAGGUUUGACCCGUUCAUUUCUAAGAGUAGAGAAGAUACUUGAAACAUUUGAUUCAAUUCUAACCUCAAAACCAAACCAGCUAUUGAUUGAUCAUUUUGAUAUUGGUUAGAUUAACAAAAAAUAGUAAUGCUGUUCAGAACCAUGAUCGAACUAAUUUCAGAGUUCCAAGUUGCUCGGUACCUUUAGUUCAGCAUGAGUUUGCAAGAACUUUGUGGAAGGCAAAGUGGGGAUUUUUUUUAAACGCUCAAGCAAUCUAGCUACACCCAUCCUAGAUAUUACGAGUGCUUUUGACAAUGUGUCUUUCCAGUCUAUUCUGGAAGCGACGCGUGGUUAUCUGCAUGUAUCUCCGAGGUUGGAUAAACGCAAUGCUUAGUAACUCCAUUCUUCGCUCGUCACUAAGUCAGACAGAAAUACGAAAGUUGAGUAUUUACGGUUGUCCUCAGGGUGGCGUUCUGUCACCUUUGCUAUGGUAGCUGGUUGCCGACGGCUUGUUAAGGAAACUCAAUGAGCUUGGAUUUUUAACCUACUAAUUUGCGGACGUUUCCCAAAUACUUAAUACUGAAGAAACUUUGACUUAACGCAACAAGCAUUAAGAGCUGUCGAACAGUGAAAUUAUCAGUUAACCUAAACAAAACUUCAAUGGUUCUUUUCACGAAGACACGAAUAACAACCAAAGUUCAUCCCUUGCAGUUGAUUGACCCUGAGCUACUGUGUGCGGAUCAAGUCAAGUGCGUUGGAGUUAUAUUGGAUUCCUAACCGAACAGGUCUGCUCACAUUGAAUUCGGAGUCAAGAAAGAGUGCAUGGCCUUCUAGCAGUGCAGAAACACAUGGGGUCCCAAACCCAAAUUCCAGUCAAAUAACAUUUAUAAAAACAUGCCCGAGCAAUCGCCUACGCACCCGUCUGUUGCUUACCUAAGUUAUGCAAGGCAUUCAAAAGCAUUACCAUUGAAUUUAGAGCACUUUAGAUACGAUGUAUCCAUGCAUUUUGACAGUACACUAGGAACAUUGGAAAUCCAAUACGUCAAGUAAACUUGUACUAAAUGAACGGAGGCCAAACCGCACAGACCCAAUUGGCACACUGAUAACAAACAACAGUACCGGACCAGUGUAUAAGAAAGCACCGGUAUAUUGGGGAAAGUGUUUAUGAAAACAAUAUUAUUGAAUAAUAGUAAGUGUUGCUGUUGAAUUAUUGUGGAAUUAACAUACAUAACAAAACAACUGUGAAAUACAAAUAGAUACAAACGUGGCGCAAAUUGCAAAACAACGUGCAACGUGGAUUUUACUAUAAAUUCAAAUUCAACCAGCACGAAAAAUCGACAGUGAAUGAUCUUAUUUUAAAUACCAUAAGUGAAUGUGCCUUAAAGAGAAACACAUUGAACAGAGAGGUGAACACAUCAACCGAAGAACGACGGUGAUUAUUAUUUUUCCAAUGACUGGCUCGAGUUCAAGCGAAACAAACUUCCGUUCAGUGUAAAAAAAAUUCUUCCUUUGUUAAUUGAACCAUUAGUAAUAUAAAACAUAAAUGACAUUUCCAAUAGUAAAAUUAAAAUACACUCACACGUACACACGAGAUAUAUCGAUACCAGUCUAAAUAUACCAAAGUCUGUAUACAUUAGAAAUUUUGAAACAUUUUAAGACAUUGAUUAACUAAGGUACAGUUGAACGGUUUCUGGUAUUCAAAAAAGUUAUCUUUUAAUAGUCAUGAUUCACAAGAAGUAAAAAACUUAAAAUAAAAAUAAAACAAAGCUGUUUGAAAACAUGAGCGAUCAAAACAAAAUAUGUACAUUUGAGUAAAAAAAUAAAGACAAAACAUGAAUUUACUACCUUAAAACGAAGAACGUUUCUACGGAAUCGUCAAGUAAGACAAAGCCCACGUUUAUAUUAAAAUCGAUUUUAGAAGAAGAAUCAUGUUUGUGACUUUUUGUGAACUAACCGAAAAGGUAUAUUUUUGUAGUUGAAAAGAACGUUCGAGCAAGCGCGUUGAAAAAGAGUUAGUAUUAUAUAGGCACUACAAACAAAAACCCAACAAUUUAAAGUUAAUCAACACAUCCAACUAAUUCCAAAUCUCUGAACCAUACUAGUCGUUUAUCAGUACUCCUCUACUACUAAUACUAUCAUGUACUAAACAGACACACAAACACACCUACAGUUCGGGCGGAUGGUGGCCAAUUCUGAGCUCCGGAGUGAACUGGCGAGACUAAAAUAAGUCCCAAAACCAUCCCAACUUAACAAAUGGAAGAUAGCGAAACAAGCAAAAUAAACAAUAGCAGGUGUAAAGCGAGUAAAACACACGGGAAUGCAAGAUAUAGCGAGGAAUAAAGUAUGUAGGAAAAGAUAAACAAAAGUUCAAAACAAAUCUCUAAGAAGUCUAGUCAAAUCGUAACAUAAUAUUCAAUCAAAACUAGUCAAAUACAGAGUUAAAUAAACUUAUUGCGGAUUGAACAUUGAACACUGUGAUUUACAUGUUUUCUU